GCAACGGUAUGAAUUUGGCUAUAGAUUUAGUCAAAUAAUUUUAAUAUCGACUGUUAAGAGUUAUAAACGUAAUAAAUAAGGUUAGAAUUUUUAGUAAUUUGAAAUAAUAUGAUAGUGUAGGACGAUUUUCUCCUUUUAUGAAAAAACAAAAAUCUCAAAGAAAUGUAGCAUUUUUGGAUAUUCAAAGUGAAUAAAAGAAAAAAAUGUAUGACAAAGAAGAAAUGGAUACAAACAUUACAGAAAAUACUUCAAAAGGAUUUACAUUCUCUAGACCAAAUGUUGUCUUUAGUCCUCCCAAAUCAUUCAAUUAUGAUUUUUCAACUAAUUUUAUUUCUCCAAGUUCAAGCAAACAAACAUUUAGUUUUGCAGCACCUGAAGCAAUAUCACAGUUAACUAAUUAUACCAAAACACAAAGUAAUGAAACUGAAAAAAAAUAUAAGCCUAAAAUAUCUAGAAAUGCAUUUGAACCAUCGGUUAAUGUGUUUGCUCAUGCUUUGAAAGAUAGUUCAGCUUUUGAACAAUUGGCUAAAAAUUCUAGAUCACAUAUAGUAAAAUUUAAUUUGGAUAAUUCAAUAACAUGUACAAAUGUUCCAAAAGAACUACUUAUAAAAUCAUCAGCAAAAGAAUAUUUUCAUACUUAUGGUCAAAUAAUGAAAAUUACUAUUAAACCGAAGAAGCAAAUAAUUAUAGUAUUUUAUGCAUCUAAAGAAGAAGCAAAUAAUGCCUAUCAAAAAAGUGGAGAAUAUUUAGGUAAAAAAUUUCUUGUCGAAUGGACAAAGUCGGAGAAGAUACCAAAGUCCCCUACUAAAAAGAAAGAAUUAAAGAAAAAUAUAGUUACAAAUUUUCUUAAAUUAGAAGAUGAAAUUAGAACUGAAUUAGAAGCCAUGACAAAUUUGGAAUAUAAUUUACCUGAUUAUAAAAGUGGUGAUAUAUAUAGAGUACCAUCUAUUGGAAAAAGAGGCAAAGGGUCACAUGUAAAAAAAUCUGAGAAGAUAUUGCCUAAAAUAGAAAAGGUAGCAGCAAAAGUAGAUAAAGUUGAAAGCGAUAGUCAAAUAAUGACAUCAUUACAUGGUGCAUCUGUAGAGGAAUUACAAAGUAUAAUACAUCAAAUUAGUAUUACUUCAGAAGAUAAAUAUAAAAUUUUAGAGGCAAGGGAUCGUUUGAUGAGACUUAAACAAGUAAAAUCACAUUCAUUGGCAACUGCUAAAAUUACAAGUGGAACUUGUCCAGACAUGUGUCCUGAAAAGGAACGUUUGAUGCGUGAAUCACAAAGACAAGUAGCUCCAUAUGAACAACUUGAAGGAAAUGAAUAUAGAAUAAAUCAUAUGAUUGCUGUUAAACAAUAUUCCAGAUCUUCUGCAGAUCAGGAGGAACCAAUGGCUCAUGAGUUAAGACCAGUAAAAUCUUUAAAAAUGACAAUGAGUUAUUUACUUCAUGAAAUUGUAAAUCUUUGUGAAGAAGAAGGUACCAAUUUAGGAGAAUGGUAUCACUUUCUAUGGGAUAGAACAAGAGGAAUAAGAAAAGAUAUAACUCAACAAGAACUUUGUUGUAUUGAUAGUGUAGAAUUAGUUGAACAAUGUGCUAGAUUUCAUAUAGUAUGCUCAGAAAGACUUUGUGCAGAAGAAUUAUCAGUAUUUGAUAAAAAAAUUAAUUCAGAAAACUUGACAAAAUGCUUACAGUCUUUAAAGUAUAUGUAUCAUGAUUUGAGAGUAAAAGGUAUCACAUGUCAAAAUGAACCAGAAUUUCGAGCAUAUAUUAUUCUCUUAAAUUUGAAUAAUGGUAAUUUUAUGUCAGACUUACAGCAACUUCCAACUCCUAUACAGAAAUCGCCAGAAGUACAAUUUGCAAUAAAUAUUUAUUCUACUCUUGAGUCUAAUAAUUAUUACAAAUUUUUCAAGCUAGUGCGGCAAACAACAUACUUAAAUGCCUGCAUUUUGCUUAGAUAUUUUAAUCAAGUCAGAGUGAAAGCUUUAUCUAUAAUGGUCAAGGCUUAUUGUAGAACUACAUCUACAGCAUAUCCAUUAUAUGAAUUACUUCAUAAUCUUGGUUUUGAAAAUGAGAAUGAGACCAUAUGUUUUUGUGAACAAGUAGGAAUCAAUGUAUCAAGUGAUGAAUUAUAUGUAAUGUUAAAUAGACAAAAUUUUUGUUUGCCAAUGUCAAAUAUACAACAAGGUAGAGCUCAUUACAUGAUAGAGUCAAAAAGAACUUCAAAAGGAUUAUCAAUUAGUGAAUGCAUUGCUGGUGGAAAAAUGCCUGAAAAAUCUUACAAGAAUCAUAAGCCCCACAGUAGUUUUGAUUCUGAAGGUUAUUUAAUGCCUCAAUCUAUAAAUGCAGAAGAUCAGAAUUCAAGUAUCGAUAAAAGUGUAGUAAAGUUAAUUUCACAUGAGAUUAUAGAAAAAGAAUCGGAACCUUCAGAAAAAGAAAUUUUAUUAAACGAAAAAAAUCAUAAUACCUUUCCUAUAGAUACACCAACUACUAAAUAUUAUGAUCAUUUUCAGAAACUAACUAAAAUUAAUGAUACUAAUUUAAAUAAAUCCGAAACUAUCACUGCUCCUGUAUCUCAGUCAGAGCAUAAUAUAAUUACAUCCAAAUCUGAGCAGAUUACAUCUGAAAGUAAGAUAGAGACAAAUUUACCAUCAGAUACUCAGACACAACAAGAUUGUCUUAGUACACCCAUAAUUUUUAAUAAAACAUGUUAUGAUACUUUACCAAAAAAACUUAAAGAUAAAAAUAGUAUUUCUAAUAAUACAAGCAAUAAUGCAUCACUUCCACAAUCGAGUUUUAAUGUUUUACAUCAGACUAAACCUACAGAAACUUUUGAAAUGACUUCACCAUUUCUGAUGACUGUAAAUAAGAGCAUAUUUUCUGAAACUGGAAAAGGAAAUAUAUUUACAAAAUCUACUGUACCAUGCACAAUAUUUGACAAUAAUGUCUCAAAUGUAAGUUUUACUUCACAUCAAAGUAUAUCUAGUACAAAGUUUGUUCCAUCUGAACAAACAGCACCAAUAAAUAAAAAUAUGCAAUCGCAAAAUAAAUUAUCAAUUAAAAAGGAGCCAGAAAUUAUAGGCAUUAAACAGAUGGAACAAAAAAUGCAACAAAUUAAUAAAGACACAGAGGAAAUUUUUGAAGAAUUGAUAGAAAAAGUGAUAGAAGAACCAUGUUCUACUAUUCUCCAAGAAGAAAUAAAUAGAUCAAUAAUGUAUAAUUCGUUAAGUAACAAUAUGUUAACUUGUUUCAUUGAUGAAAUGUGUGAUGCAAUAUUAUUUGAAGAAAUAACAAGUUUUCAAAAGGUAGAGGAAUUCACAAAAAAGAGAAAUGAACGAAAGAUUAAUAAAUAUUUUCAUGUAUGGAAAACAUGGGCAUUUAAAAAAAAUCAGCAAAGAAAAGCAUUAGAUAACACACCUGUUUGGUUGCAGAAACAAUCUAUAGAUGAAUGUGCUAAGAUUUUAUAUCGUGAUGGCCAAAAAUUAGUUAUAGAAAAUAUGUGCAAAAGGCAGUGCACAGUAGAAGUACCAAAAUCUCCUAUUAUAAAUAAUUUAGCUCCUAUUGAGGUGAUCAUUUAUGCAGGUAUUAAAGAAAACCUUAAAUCAUUAAAUAUGCAUAUUACAACAAAUUUAUUUUGGAAAGUUGUAAUAUCAUGGCCACAUUUAGAAAAUAAAACUGAUUUAUGGCAAUAUAAAAAAAUAAUAAAUCGAUAUUUAUGCCCUGAGGAUUAUACAGUAGAACCAAUAAUAAAAUCAUUUCAACCAAACCCAUAUGAAAAUUUACAUAUUUGUAUAAGAUAUUUUGAAGGUUUUAUUGCAGAACACAAUUUAUUUGGAACAGAUGGUUUUAUAUUUAUUGCUACUGCUUCAGAAAAUGCUAUUUCUGUUAACAAACGAUUAACAAAAACUAUAUUGUCUAGAGAGAAACUCAUACCAAUACCUUUAGUAUUUAUUAUUUUGGGAAAUGGAGGAUUGGAAACAGAAAAAGAAAAAAUUGUAACAGAUUUAGAUACUCUGUUAGAGUCAGGAUAUAUAUCUGAAUACACUAUCACUGUUGAGAACACAUUGAAUGAAACAGUUAUUCUAAAUUUGAUUCAAAGCACGAUUUUGUGGUUGGCUAUUAAUAAGCCUCCAAAAAAUCCAUUGGAAAUGGAUUCUUUACAAAAUUUGUGUGAUAUUUGUAUAACAGAAGAAUUCUGGCAAAGAGUUUUAGAAGAUUCAAUUCGUAAUGCAAAUCUUUCUGAAUCUAUAAAAGAUCCCAAUUUUCUAAUAAAUCUACAUAAUGAAGCAGUGGCACAUUUGAUCCAUAUUUUAUUAGAUCCAGAAUCUCUAAUGUAUACAAAAUUUUCACCAGAAUUAAAAAAAUUUGUAAAAAAUCAGUGCAUAUCACCAUGUAGUUAUGAAUAUUUUGAUGAUGUAUGGAGAACAGUGGAGUAUAGGGUAAAUUUAGAAAAUAUUAUAAGUGGAUUGAUGCUACCACAUUGGAGCUUUCCAUGGCCAGUAACAGAUGUACAUCAAUUACAUCAAAAUAUAAUCCAUUAUUGUCAAAUAGUAUUACCAGAUAUAAAUAAUCAUGCCUUUUCCUGUGAUAUUUUAAGUCAUUUAUAUUUUAUGACAGGUAGUAUACAAGUAAUGAAUUUUGCAGAUAUAUUAGUCCACAUUGUCAAAGAAAAAAUAAGUUUUAUCGAAACGGAUUUAAAGGUCGUUUAUAAUAAAAAUUAUAUAAAGUAUUUUAAAACACUACCAUGGUGGUUUAAAUCUACUACCUUUGCAGAAUUUACUUCAAAAAUAAAUCUAGAUGAAACAUAUUCUAUUAAGAGAGACAAUAUAAUUACAGAACCGGUUCAGAAAAAACGGAAAUUGAAGGAUUGUAGUGAUAGUACUUUCGAAGAUGAUGAUGUAAUAAAUGAAUUUGAUCCAUUAGCUGAAUUUUGUGAUUACACUAAAAAUAAAAUUAUAGAUGUACAUCGUUCAUCCCAACUUCUAGAAAAUCGUUUAAAGGAACAGCAAUUGGAAAAUCGAAGAUUAGAGGAGAAGAUAAAAAAUGCUGUUUUACCUAUAUAAUAAGAUUUCUUAAAUAUGUAAAUAUAAUUUAUAUGAGAGUAGUCUUCAGUAUCAUUAUAUUUGUUCUAAUUAUACUUUAGUAAAAAGCACUAAUAUUGGA